AAAAAAAAAAAAAAAAAAUUUCAUUUUUCAUUUUUUUUUUUAAAACGUUUGCGAUUAUGACUAUAUCGACCAUAUCAGAAUGGGCUAGAACAAAGUUCAAGUCAAAUUGGACAAGACUUUUCAUUCUAACAUCCAUAUUACAAUUACUUGCGGUAGUUGCAUUAGAAAGUCGAGUACUUGUUAGAAAUACAAAAUUUCGAGAAAUAGUUAGUGGCAUAGAAAAUGACUGCGCUAGACCAUCAAAAGAUCGUAUGUUACUUAUCAUACAAGAAAAUGUUAUUUUCAUGAUUUUUCAAUUAUUUCAACUUUGGUUUUGCCUCAAUGCGGUUAUCAAACAAAACACGAUUCAAAUUAUUACACUUACCGUCAUAAACUUCUUGUGUGCACUUUAUGGCAUUGUUCAAAUCGUUGAAAUAUAUAAAUGGGCAAAUGAUUUAAAAAGCGCAUGUGGAGCCGUGGCUGAAAUUCAAAAAGAAUUUUUCAGAGUUGAUUUUCCAUUAGUAGUAACUUUAAUUAUAUUUGCAUUAAUUAUGUCUUUAAUUAGUUUCAAAUUAUAUCAACAAUUUGGGUGGAAUAUUUAUAAGAAAAUUGGUGCAGAUAUUAAAAUGCAAAAAUUAUACAAGACCAUGCUUCUCUUUGUGAUGUUAUUGAAACUUGAUUUAUUCUUCUUAUUACUCGUCUCCAUUGAAGUAUUCUUUGCCUUUAGUGAGGAUAAAGGAAUAGGAAAAAUUCAAUUUACUUUUACACUUUCAAGAAGUCUUUACUACUUUCAUUUAGGUGUAACAAUUAUGAUAUUUUUCUUGGAAGUUCUCGCAUAUCGAUCUUUACAAAAAGAAUGGAAAACAGGAAUGAAAAUUUACAUAAUACUAUCAACGGUUACUAUUAUCGACUUUAUAAUGAUUUUAAAGAGUGCUACAAGUACAGUUAGUAAUAGUUGGUAUUUCUUUAUCGUUUUCUUGAGCGUUUCUAUUAUAUUAUGCACGGCAACAUGGGUAUAUGCCAUACUUGUAUACAGAAAUUUUGAUAAAGGCUUAAAAACAGUUCUUAGCAAAAACAAAAAGGCAGUUAAUACUAAUAAUGAUCCUGAAAUUGGUAGCAGUACUCAAGUAAGUGGUAAUGGUGGAAAAAGAUUUACAAUUGAAGAUUAAAAAAAAAAAACUCGAAGGUCGAUAUUUUUAUUAAACCUCGUCAAAUUUAUCAUCGUCACGUGUUAAAUCUAUCAUCCACAACGUUGAGUUCUUAGAAGUUCUAAGAACCACUUUUGGAUAUAUCUUUGAGAAAUGCAAAGGACACGAUCAAGAUGUGCUACAAAAUAUAUAUUUCAUAUAUAUGUAAUAAUAAUAUAGACAUUCUUUUUUAACUUAUAAUUUUCUAUUUAAUCGAAAUACAUAUAUAAUUAUAAUUUGAUGUUCGAUGAAAAAUUAAUAAAAUAAAAAAAAUAAAAAAUGUU